GUUUAUUAGUACUCGCUUCCUAUUUCACUUUCUUUGCUUCCUAUUUCAAGUAUUACCACUAUCUUUGUUUGAUUUCUGAGGUACAACACUUCCAUCUCUCUCUGGGACCCUUUUUACAGUUUACAUUCAUUUCCUAGUUUUUACAUAGUUGCAGCAAAUUACUGUUAAACCUAUUCAAUUGAGUAAGUACUCUGAAAUGGAUAUUACUGAUUUCUGUGGUUUCUAGUGUUUAAAUUCUGACAGGGUAGGAAAAUUAAUGUGUUUUUUCCUCCCUUUUCACCAUUCCUUAUUUGCACAAGUGGGACAUUCAUAAAAAUCAAGUCUUUGCAAGAAAUGGUGUUGAGUUCUUUUGUUCAUUGUUCAUAUGUUUUCACGUUUGAUAUUUUACCCCUAGAGUUUCAACACCAAAAAAAAUCAUGUCUUUUUGGCUGCCUAGCUACAAUUUGGACAGGAAAGAUCUGAUUGGAGGCUAGCUAGAAUGUUGGUUUAAGAGAGCAAAAGGGGUUUGAGUAGAUUAAUUAGUGUCUUGCCUUUACUAAUUUUGCUUGGGAGACAAGGGGAAAAGUUUGAGUGAUUGAGGUUGUUUGAAAUGGAAGCAUCAUCUUCAAAGAGGGCCAAGGCCCCCCCUGCAAAUGUGGCUCAUUGCUUGGUGGACGGAUGCAGCGCGGAUUUAAGCGUGUGCAGAGACUACCAUAGGCGGCACAAGGUCUGCGAAGCGCACUCCAAGACCCCGAGGGUCACCAUCGAAGGCCGAGAGCAGCGGUUUUGUCAGCAGUGCAGCAGGUUCCACUCCUUGGUGGAGUUUGAUGAGGGGAAACGGAGCUGCAGGAAACGUCUAGAUGGGCACAACAGGAGGCGUAGGAAGGCCCAGGUGCGUAGUGGAGUGGAUGAGAGGGUCGUGUCAUUCAACACCGCACCACCACAGAUUGUAGCUGCUGGUGCUGGUGCUGGUGUGGUGGGAUACCCUUGGGCCGGGGCGGUGGGGAAAGACGAGAAUGUGGUCGGAGGCUCGUUGCUGCAAGAGCAGCUCAGCUACAUGGAUAAUAUUCAGCAUCAGCAACUGCUAAUGAUCAGCAACAGCAGCUCCUCCUCCUCUUCCUCAGCCUUUGUGUCACAAAAUGUGAUGAUGGAAUGUGAUGGUGCUCUCUCUCUUCUGUCAUCGCCUCCUCCCGCCAUCGACUACCACCAGACCACUUCUCCCACCUUGCAUUUUCCCCACCAGAAUGUGGGAUCAUCCCAUCAAACUCUCUCCUUCAUGUGGGACUAACUAGCUCAAUCAUCAUCAUCAAGAAAUGUCUUUUCUUUAUCUUGUUUCAAUCAUGUUUUUAGCUACAAGCUCUCUACAAAAGAGAAUGGGAAUCACUGUGUUUGGACUUGGAUUAAUGAUAAUAUGAUUCUUGGUGCA